AGGUUGCCAUGUACGUUGCUAAGGAGGGAAUUACAGUUAAAGACUCGAAUAAAAGGGGUUCUGGAGGCGAGUACACCCAGCCGCCCUUACGUAAGAAGCGGAAGAGCGUGUCGUCCAGGAAGAGGCGGAGUCGAGGUGAGAGAGUGAAAGCCUUAACACAGGAAUGGAUUUUGGAGUUGCUGGGCGCUGAAGAAAUAGGGGGCCUUCCGCCUGCGGGCCUACGGAGUCGACCCCGUGGAGCCUCGCCAGACCAGGGACCUACCACUGAAUAAAUCCAGUCCAGGGUGCGGCGACUCACUGGCUUCAUGGGUUCGCAGCAGCCGCCGGGGUCUCCGCUGUCUCGCGAGGAGGGUGAAGCGCCCCCGCCUGCUCCCGCUCCUGAGGGCCGGCGGAGAAGUCGCCGGGUACGCCUUCGCGGAUCCUGCCGUCACCGACCCAGCUUUCUGGGCCGCCGGGAGCUUGGCACGAGCGCCCCAGCUGGGACUGCGUCGGUAUCCGAGAUAAUGGCAUCAGCUGCUAAGGAAUUUAAAAUGGACAACUUUUCACCUAAAGCUGGUACUAGCAAAUUGCAACAGACAGUACCAGCUGAUGCAUCUCCUGAUUCUAAGUGUCCUAUAUGUUUGGAUAGGUUUGAUAAUGUGUCUUACUUAGAUCGCUGUUUACAUAAGUUCUGUUUUCGCUGUGUACAGGAGUGGUCAAAAAACAAAGCUGAAUGUCCACUGUGUAAACAGCCCUUUGAUUCUAUUUUCCAUUCUGUGAGGGCAGAAGAUGACUUCAAGGAGUAUGUCCUAAGGCCUUCAUAUAAUGGUUCUUUUGCAACCCCUGAUGUUCCAAGAUUUCGCUACCGUACAACUAUGACAAGGGAUCGAAGUGCUUCUGUUUAUUCACCUAAUAAUACCAUGAAUAGAAGAACAACAACUCCACCAGAUAGUGGAGUACUAUUUGAAGGGUUAGGCAUUUCAACAAGACCUAGAAAUGGUGAAGUUCCUCAACUUAUGAGACAGAUUGCAAUUAGGAGGCCAAAUGCAGAUGAAAGAUCUUUGCGGAAAAUUCAGGAACAGGAUAUUAUUAAUUUUAGACGAACUCUCUACCGUGCUGGUGCCCGUGUUAGAAAUAUUGAAGAUGGUGGUCGCUGCAGGGAUAUUUCUGCUGAAUUUUUCCGUAGAAAUCCAGCUUGCCUUCACAGAUUAGUUCCCUGGUUAAAACGUGAACUUACGGUUCUUUUUGGAGCUCAUGGAUCUUUAGUGAAUAUUGUCCAGCACAUCAUCAUGAGUAAUGUCACUCGCUAUGACUUGGAGAGUCGGGAAUUUGUGUCUGACUUAAGACCGUUCCUGCUUAAUCGGACUGAGCAUUUUAUACAUGAAUUUAUCAGUUUUGCUCGAUCUCCUUUUAACAUGGCAGCUUUUGACCAGCAUGCUAAUUAUGAUUGCCCUGCUCCUUCAUACGAAGAAGGUAGCCAUUCUGAUUCUUCAGUCAUAACAAUAUCUCCUGAUGAAGCUGAGACUCAGGAGUUGGAUAUCAAUGUAACCACUGUUAGUCAGGCACCGUGGGAUGAUGAAACUCCAGGACCAUCUUACUCAAGCUCAGAGCAGGUGCAUGCUGCCAUGUCUUCCCUUUUAAAUACUUCUGAUAGUUCAGAUGAAGAACUUGUAACAGGAAGAGCCACAUCUCAGAUACAAGGAGUACAAACUAAUGAAGACCUAAAUAAUGACAGUGAUUCUUCUUCAGAUAAUUGUGUCAUUGUUGGGUUUGUUAAACCACUAGCUGAGAGGACCCCAGAACUUGUCGAACUAUCCUCUGAUUCUGAGGAGUUAGGGUCUUACGAAAAAAUGGAGACUGUGAAGACACAAGAACAGUCUUACAGUUCUGGUGAUAGUGAUGUUAGUAGAUGUUCAUCUCCACGCUCUGUCCUUGGAAAAGAUGAGCAAAUAAAUAAAGAUCAUUGUGGUUCUGGUAAAAGAAUCAAGUCAAAGAAGGAAGAGAAACACUCUACAUCCUUGUCAUCUCCCAGAGACCUGAGCUCAUCUGUCAGAGGAGACAGAGUAUAUUCCCCAUAUAACCGUAGACACAGGAGGAGGGGAAGAUCAAGAAGUUCAGAUUCACGUUCCCAGAGCAGAAGUGGGCAUGACCAGAAAAAUCGCAGAAAGCAUCAUGGGAAGAAAAGGAUGAAAAGCAAAAGAUCCAGAAGCAGGGAGAGUAGCAGACCUAGAGGUAGAAGAGACAAAAAGAGAUCAAGAACUAGAGAUAGCAGUUGGUCACGAAGAAGCCAAACUCUCUCUCUCAGUAGUGAGAGCACAAGCAGAUCAAGAUCUCGUAGCAGUGAUCAUGGUAAAAGAAGAUCACGGAGCAGAAAUAGAGAUCGUUAUUAUUUAAGAAAUAAUUAUGGAAGUAGAUACAAGUGGGAGUAUACUUACUAUAGUAGAAACAAGGACAGGGAUGGCUAUGAAUCAUCUUACAGGAGGAGGACUCUGUCCAGAGCUCAUUAUUCCAGACAAUCUUCAAGUCCAGAAUUUAGAAUUCAGUCCUUUUCUGAAAGGACAAAUGCUAGGAAAAAAAAUAAUCACAGUGAAAGGAAGUAUUACUACUAUGAAAGGCAUAGAUCAAGGAGCCUAUCCAGUAAUAGAUCAAAGACUGCAUCUACAGGGCCUGACUGGGUAAGAAAUGAAAAGCCUGGAGGGAAACGAAAAUACAAGACACGGCAUUUGGAGGGUACUAACGAAGUGGCUCAACCUUCUCGUGAAUUUGCUUCUAAAGUAAAGGAAAGUCAUUACCAAAAAUCCUCAUCAAAAUUUGAUGGCAGCCACAAAAAUGAGAGUGACAGCUUUUCAGACAGCCGGUCAUCAGACAGAGAGACAAAACAUAAGAGGAAAAAAAGGAGGACCCGGAGCCUAAGUGUAGAGAUAGUUUAUGAAGGGAAAGCUACUGAUUCAACUAGACAUCAUAAAAAGAAAAAGAAGAAGCACAAGAAGAAGCAUAAGAAACAUCACGGGGACAAUCCUUCACGUUCGCCCGUUGUAAUUACCAUUGACAGUGAUAGUGAUAAGGAUUCUGAAGUAAAGGAGGAUACAGAAUGUGACAAUGGUGGUCCUCAGGACUGUCUACAAAAUGAGUUUCUGCCUCCUCCCUUGGAACCAUUUGAAGCUAAAGAUGUAGUUACAAUAGAAGAUGAAUUUGGCAUCCUGGACAAGGAAUGUAAUAUUACCAUGCUUAAUAGCAACUUGAAUAAUGCCAACAAAACUGUGGAUAAUAUUCCACACCAGCCAGCUUCAGUUGAACAAACUCUUGAUGUACGAGAAGAGAGUACUUUUGCCUCUGAUUUGGAGAGUCAGCCCAGUAACGUGUCUAUUCAAACUGAGCCAUCAAGGCAGUUGCCAUCUCCACGGACAUCAUUAAUGUCAGUGUCACUUGGUAGAGACCAUGAUAUGUCUUAAAACUCUGCCAAAGCAUCUCAUUGAGAAUUCUGAUGGUAUUAAAAAACAAAAAAAGGAACAGUGUCAUCUACUGCAGUCUAUUUAAAGAUGACUCUUGGUGAAAACUCUUUUCCCCCUUAAAAAUAUUUUAAGUAAUUUUUUUUGUGUGUGUGUGUGUUAAAAAUUUGUAAAAAUCAUUAUUUGUUCAAAAAGUAUGUAUGUCCCACCCUCAGAGAUAUGCACUUUUAAGUGAGGAAAAUGAUAUUGCUAGCGGUUUAUUUAAAACUUGGGGUCCUUUUUAAAUAAAAAAAAUAUAAAUUUUAGAAGUUAUUUCAUAAAGCCAUAUGGUAUUGACCUAUUUUUAAAGUAGUCAAUGAGUAUUUUUGAAUUUUUUUUUUUUCUUUGAGAGUUAUUCUGGAAAUGUGUUAUAAGCUAGGAGAAUCCCUUUGGACAGUCUUUAUUUUUCUUCUUAAAAAUUUGUAUGAUUCAAAACCAUUUCUUCAGGUUAAAUUGAGGCAUUUUAAUCUGCACAGUUUAUCUUGACAUCUGCCAAAAGCAAAAUUUAAAUAUUUCCUUUAUAUACUUGUUCAUCUGGACUGCCAGUGAAAGAAAUGUGUAUUCAACAAAAUAAAAAAUAAAAUAGUAAUACUUUAAAACAUGAAUCCAGAAAUUUUCCUAUGCAGUAUUACCUUUAAAAAAAAACUGUUUUAGAGGAGCUAAAAUCUUUAAAAUAGUUAAGAAUAUACUUGUCGUAAAUACUAAAUUUUAGGUGAUCUGCGUUUAACUGCACAGCUUUAAUUAUUUUAGUUCUUUAAUCUGAUUAUAAGGUAUAUCUGUUUUCAACAAAAUGCAGCUAUGUAGCUUUUAACUUACUAAAAACAGCUUGCCAGACAUCUUUUACAUUGGUAAUUCUUGUACACAAAGUGGUUACAUUUAUGUUUUAUUCUGUUUUAGAGAUGACAAAGUGCUCUCCAUCUAACCUAAAGUAAAAUUGCCAGGGAAGAACAGAACUUGGAUUAAGUCUAAUUCAGCCUUCAGAUUGCCUUGCUACCAUAUUCAUUCAUUGUUAAACAGAAGUUGGGAUGCCUGCAGUGUGACAGGAUCUAGACUAUGUUUUUAGGAUUUCAGUGAUAGAACAAAGCAUAUCUGCUCCUUGCCUUGUGGGACAUACGUAAACAUUAUAAACCAUAAGUUAUCUGAAGAGAAAGUAUAAUUUCAUAUAAGCAUUCAGUGGGGACCUAAACUCAUGUGGACGUGAUGGCUGAAUUGAGAUUCAGAAAACAAGUAGAUGUUAGCUAGGAGUGGAGGUGCUCUUAGCAAAGGAAGAAAUGUCCAAAGAUCCAAAAGCAGAAGGGUAGCCUAGCAUAUUCAAGAACUAAAAGAAGGCAGGUUGGGGCGCCUGGGUGGCUCAUUGGGUUAAGCCUCUGCCUUCAGCUCAGGUCAUGAUCUCAGGGUUCUGGGAUAGAGCCCUGCAUUGGGCUCUCUGCUCAGCAGGGAGCCUGCUUCUCCCUCUCUCUACCUUUCUCUCUGCCUACUUGUGAGCACUGUCUGUCAAAUAAAUAAAUAAAAUCUUAAAAGAAAAAAAAAAUAAAAGAAGGCAAAGUUAAAGGAUAAAGUGCGUGGGACCAAGCUUUGUAGAUCAUGUUUGUAUUUGUCCUAAUGGCAGUAGGAAAUUGUUUUAAAGUGACCAUCUAAAUUGAUGUUGGCAAUUUUUAGUAAGCUCAGACACUGAGAAAUUUUAGGAAUGCUAUAGGGUAGUUGAUCAAGGAAUAUACUUUGAAAUUAUGACAUGAUUUAUAGUUUUUUCUUAAGUUUUAAAAACAGUGCUAUUUUCUGAUUUUACAUGAUACUUCUAGUAAAACAUUUUAGUGAAAACCUAUCUUAAUGUUUUCUGUCGAACACAUGAAACUUAUCUUAAUACAGGGACCAUCACAUCAUCCUUUUUAUGGUGUUCAGGCCAAAAAUUUCCCAGUCUUCAAUUUUCCUCCUUCAGCCCUCUCAUUCAAUCCCCAGAUCCUGAUCACUAAAUAUUUCUAGUGUGUAAGUACCAUCCAAUCCAGGCAGCCAUGAUCUCUCACCUGUGCUCUGAUAAUGGGUCUCCCUGCAUCCACACCUCUCCAUUUUGCUCUACACCUACCCAUUUGCCUCCAGCCAUUCUCGAUGUAGCAUGCAAAAGAUACAUAUUUUUUAAAAUUGUUUUUUUUUCAUUCCCCUAUUUAAAAUUCUCUGGCAACUUCCUGUUAUUCUUAGGGUACUUAAUAAAAGCAAACAAAAAUCCAGCAUAGAGGCGCCUGGGUGGCUCAGUGGCUUAAAGCCUCUCCCUUUGGCUCAGAGAGCCCCCGCAUUGGGCUCUCUGUUGGGAACCCUGCUUCCCCUUCUCUCUGCCUGCCACUGUACCUACUUGUGAUCUCUGUCUGUCAAAUAAAAUAAGAAAAAAAGAAAUAGCAUAAUAUGGUUUACAUACCUCUGCCUACUCAGGUUCUAGCUCCUGUUACAGCUUUUCUCUCACCUCACUUGUGCUCUGGCCGUCCUAACCUGCUUCGGGUCUGUGGAGGUGCUGCUGCUACCUGCUACUCCAGAGCCUUCAUAUGUGGAUUUUUCUUCUGCUGGGAACUGAAUUCCGUUCUAGCUAAAGGAGGCUUCUGGUAAAGUGUGCCCUCUUCCGUUAUUUCCCCCCAAUUACUUGCUCUCUUAAUAACCCUGGACUCUUCUGUAGUAAUUGAUUACUAAGUGUUCUCUCAUAAGUCUGCAAGUUCUUUGGCAACUGUAUGUAUGUGUACUGGUAAAUCCCUUCUGUUAUCUUUCACAUAGGAAGUGCUUAAAGCACAUACUGGAUGGAUGACCAGGUGGUAGGGCUUGUAAAAUUUAAAAAUUGGCUAAGACCUGCUUCUUCUUUCAGAGGGCUUCCAUGUCUGUCAACUUUUAGCCUAACACUAUUUUCUUUUAACCUGUUCGUCUGAAUUCAGUGUCCAGGAGGUAUUUUAUCUUACCUUGGGUUUUCAGUGUUUUUUGUGACUUCUGUGACUUUUUUGUUUAAAGGAAAAACAGCCGGGGCGCAUGGGUGGUUCAGUGGGUUAAAGCUUCUGCCUUUGGCUCAGGUCAUGAUCCCUGGGAUCGAGCCCCGCAUCAGGCUCUCUGCUAAGCGGGAAGCCUGCUUCCUCCCCUCUCUCUCUGCCUACUUGUGAUUUCUGUCUGUCAAAUAAAUAAAUAAAAUUAAAAAAAAAAAAAGUUAAAAAAAAUAAAGGAAAA